CCUGCCGAGCCCGCAGCCCUUCGCAAGGACACCGCGGAGGGGGCACAUCCGCGCUCCCACUUCCUCCCGACACAGCCUGUGAUUGGCUCGCAGCCUUAAGAGGAACACGUGAAGGAGCAGCUGAGGCUGGCAGAAACUUACCGGCCGUCUCCGGGUAGCAUCGCACCGUACCGCGGUCAUCUCCGGACAGCCAGGCCUGGGGACAAUGAGGUCGUCGUGCGUCCUACUGGCCGCGCUGCUGGCGCUGGCCGCCUACUACGUGUACAUCCCACUGCCCGGCGCGGUGUCCGACCCUUGGAAACUGAUGCUGCUGGACGCCACUUUCCGCGGCGCGCAGCAAGUGAGUAACCUGAUCCACUCCCUGGGGCUGAGCCACCACCUGAUCGCGCUCAAUUUCAUCAUAGUUUCUUUUGGGAAGAAAAGCGCAAGGUCCUCCCCGAAAGUGAAGGUGACCGACACUGACUUUGAUGGGGUGGAAGUCAGAGUGUUUGAAGCCUCUCCAAAACCCGACGAGCAACUGCGGCGGAGCGUGGUCUAUAUCCACGGGGGAGGCUGGGCCUUGGCGAGUGCAAAGAUCAGUUACUAUGACCAGCUGUGCACCGCGAUGGCCGAGGAGCUGAACGCUGUCAUCGUUUCCAUCGAAUACAGGCUCGUUCCACAGGUCUACUUUCCUGAGCAAAUUUACGACGUCAUGCGUGCCACAAGAUACUUCCUGCAGCCAGACGUCUUAGACAAGUACAAGGUCGACCCUGAGAGAGUCGGUGUUUCUGGAGACAGUGCUGGCGGGAACUUGGCGGCUGCCCUUGGACAGCAGUUUACAUACGUGGCCAACCUAAAAAAUAAGCUCAAACUGCAGGCUUUAAUCUACCCAGUCCUCCAGGCUUUGGAUUUCAACACACCGUCUUACCAGCAGAACGUGAACACUCCAAUCCUGCCGCGCCAUGUCAUGGUGAAGUACUGGGUGGACUACUUCAAAGGCAAUUAUGACUUUGUGCAGGCGAUGAUUGUGAACAAUCACACUUCGCUGGAUGUGGAAAGGGCCGCAGCCCUCAGGGCCCGGCUCAACUGGACAUCCCUGUUGCCCUCAUCCAUCAAAAAGAGCUACCAGCCUGUCAUGCAGACCACAGGUGACGCCAGGAUCGUCCAGGAGAUCCCUCAACUGCUGGACGCUGCUUCUUCCCCGCUCAUCGCAGAGCAGGAAGUGCUUCAGGCGCUCCCCAAGACCUACAUCCUCACCUGCGAGCAUGACGUCCUGCGGGAUGACGGCAUGAUGUAUGCCAAGCGCUUGGAGAGUGCAGGCGUGAACGUGACCUUGGACCACUUUGAGGAUGGCUUUCAUGGGUGUAUGAUUUUCACAAGCUGGCCGACCAACUUCUCUGUGGGAAUCCGGACUAGGAAUAGUUACAUCAGAUGGCUGGAUGAGAACCUGUGACAGAGUGGGCACCUCACAUGCACGAAGCUCUUGACCGCUCCGUUUGCUCUGGAAAGACGCGCACUUUUCAAUCAUCCGAGCCUUUCUCUUGUUUCUCACAAGUACUGGAAUCUGUACCCUGCAGACCUGAUAAUCUACAUUUUAUAAGUGAUUCUAACCGACUAGUUUAAAAACAUCUGAACUUGGUGCCCUCAGUGGGCCAUUUCCUCUGUUCUUUCUUGUAGCCCACGUGGUACGAAUGGUCACAGUUUGAGGAGCUAGAAGUAGCCCUAGGUCCGGCCUCUAUUGUGUUCUUUCCACAAGAAGUUUUUCCAGCGGUGGUGAGGUAGUAACUUCUGAGGAACUAAAAAAAGUGGGCUUUUCUUCAGUUCCCUCAGUUGACUUGGAGUGCAGGGCAGGGUCUAGGGGACACUCUGAGGCCAGCACCGGGGACUGCAUGUCCUCUGCCUCGGACAGUGGUUGUGUUUACUGUGGGAAUUUUGACAGGAUUUCUAGCAAAACAGACUUCUUCUCAAAAGCUUUUCUUCCCUAAGAGUGUUAAUUUUAUGAGCAAGAUGCUGUAAAUAACGGUGGGCUUAAAGAAGACUUGAAAGUUACUUUCUACUCCUAUUCUGAGAAAAUGAGAGGCUGCAUGUUCUAAUAUUUCCCUGGGAGCAUCUUUUGGAAACAAACUUAUUUAAAUGUAGAGUAAGUUUCCUACUAUGAAGUAAGUAAAGAUAGAAAAAUGAAACAGCUUAUUGUUACUUAGGAAUACUCCUGGCAUAAAUUACUAAGAUUGGUGUGUAUAUAUUUGGGAUAGUGAGGAAAUAAAUUAUGCUUAAUAAUACCUUAAAAUUAUGAGAAGUAUCUUUAGAAAGUCUAGUCCAUUUUUGGAAGAAGGGCUAGUCCAUUCUUGAAAACUCAAUUUUUCACUUGUAGCUAAAAAUUAGACAAUUUUGGUAUAGUGUAUUGUUUAUUUUUUAAGUUAUUUAAUGUUAAUAUAUAUAGCUAAACAGGAUUUUUCUGGAAGACAUCUAUUAUAAAAAAUUAAAGAUAAAAGUAUUUUUUAAAAGAAAACUACCAUAGAGUUAUAUCCACAUGUCAUUUUGUGAGGAGCUAGACAAUAAUAGUAGUAAGGAUCAAAUACUUCGAUAUUUAUGUACAUAUGUAAAUUAAAAUAAUUAGAAACUUUUUACCUAGUAUAGACAUCCAAGUAAUGCUGAUUGACCAUCCUAAUCCAAAAUCCAGAAUUUUGAGUCUGGUCUGAUGGCACAAAUGGAAACUUCCAGACCAUGGAAGUUUAUUUUGUGUAUAAAAUGAUUAAACCUAUUUUGUGAAGUUACCCUCAGGCUAUGCAGAUAAGGUGUAUAAAAAGCACAAAUGAAUGUCUCAGUGAGAUUUGGGUCCCAUUCUCAAGAUAUUUUGUUAUAUAUAUGCAAUAUCCCACAGUCUAAAAAAAUUAAAACUCUGGAAACACUGGCCCCAAGCUUUUCAGAUGAGGGAUACCCAACUUGUGGUUUAAUUGCUUAGAUAAGACAGACACGUGUACUUCUCUCUGCCCAUGGUGGUCAAGGGAGCCCUCUUGGGAAUCCCUCUGGGUGAAGGGCAGACCCGGCACUGCCCACCCCUGAGUUUCUCCAGUUAGGUCUAGAAGUUCCAACUGCCCAGCCUUGCCUUCUCAACAGUCUUCACUGCCAGUGUGCACAUCUUGGGCAGAGUAAGGGAUCCCAGAUUAGGUCUAAGUUGAACACCCUGCUUCCUGUCAACCCAGCUUCUGCUCGCAAUCCAUGUUACAGGUAGGGACUGUACAGAGAGCACCCAACCAGAUCAUGACCCAGUGCAUCACGAGACGAGAGCCUUUCCACCCCAUGAGGAAUGGACGAGAUCACAAAUGGAAACUUCCACACUGACUUCUCAUUUAUCGUCAAAGCUACUGCAUCUUUAUAGUAAAAUAAAUGUAACAGUGUGUGUUUGUGUGUGUAUGAAAAUAAUCUCAUAAAUGACCUUGCUGAUUUACUCAAGUUACUGUCACUGGUCUCUUUUGUCUAAAAUCUGAGAGCAGAAUCGCCUGACCUUUGAGAUCACUUCUAACGACAGUCUUUUCCACGGUAGUUUUUGGCAGGUCAUGUUCUGAAUAUGCCAACACACUCCUCCUAAACACUGAUUUUUAAAAAUUGGCCACGUAGCAUCAAUGCCUCCACAGGAUUACAAUGGUUUGUGUUUAGGAUAUAAAUUGAUGUCCAUCUUAACUGAGGUUAUGGGGGAAAUCACAGGGUGUUUUUGAAACCUGAGAUUUUAGUUGUUAUUAUUUGAGUGACAGCCAUCUUCUCAAGGUGCUGGGCACGGAACCCAGGGCCUUACAUGCUUGGCAAGUGCUUUACCCCCGAGCUAUUACUGUUUUCUUCUACAUCGUUUAAAGGUGUGAAAUAUAUUUUGACUUGACCUGUAAGAAAGAGGAAAAUGUUAUAUAUUCAGAGUUUCUUAAAAUGGCAUUUCCUACCCUGCAGAAAUCACACAAAAAGUGUUCUCAGAUGUCUGAAGAGCUCUCAAAGAUGAAAAGGGAAUGAAGGACAAAGGGACCAUGCACUGUAUCUGAUGGAAUCCUUGGUGUUUUAUUCUUACGAGUGUGUUGUGCUCUACAAGCUGAUCUCUUUUCAGUAUAAGAUAGCUUGGUUUUGUUCUCCUGUUUUAGGAAAAGGUUACACUUUGGAAUACUAAGAUCUGUGAAAUCAGAACAUUAACAAAUGAAGGAAAUCUCGAGGUGCUGCAGAGUGUGAUGAAGUAUGAUUUAUCUUGAUGUUUUCAUGUGCAUUUGUGAGGACUGGAAGACUUGCAUAAUGAUGGUGAAUGGAAUAUUUUGUGCAUGACCUUUUAACUUUCGACUUUUUGCCAAUUUCCCUCUGCAAAGGGGAAGGCAGAUUUUAUGGAAAGUUUUAGGAACAAAUACAUUUUAUGGACUGAAAAUCCAUUAUGGAACUGGGAAAGUUUAUUUAUGUUUGGAAUCUUGUUUGGAAAUAAAACGGGUCCAUCUGGAA